GAUGAUAAAAUCGAAAGGAUGUUAUCAUAAAUGGACAUUUACGUGCCAUCUUAACGUAGAUACAUGUUUCAGUGUGUAUGGGAGAUGACUUAUGGUCUGUGCAGAUGACAGAUUUGUAGGAGAGGAGGCAUCCCCACAUCAAUGCCUAUAUGAAAUAGACAUUGAGGGGCAUUCUUUUAUAUGUUGUGGCAUUUUUGAAACUCUUGCACCAUUCCUGUCCUGCCGAGGAACACUGGCACAUGAAGAAAGGCAGUCAUUGUGACGGAGGAGAGAAGAGGGGAGAAGAGAGAAGUAUUCGGUGGGUACAAUUUCCUCACACCUCCUCAUUUGCGUGCAGAAUUGAAUCGCUUUCUCUAAAACUGGAGAAACACAAACGGGGAGACACUAUUUGAGAAAGGUGAACAAAAGAAGAAGGCAUUUGGAACAAACACAGAAAUUCAACAAUCCAGAGGAGGACCAACCCAACGUGGCACUGGAGACAGAAGGGAACAUUUAUUAUAUUACUUCAGCUCAGAGAAGAACAACACAGCCACAGGCUUUUACACGAUAACAGCCAGAUCAACAUUCUCCAGCUUUGGACCGAGCCAGGGGUUUGGGUUCUACAUAAACGAGACAUUUGCAGUUUGGUGCUGGUUUGGGGUUCUGCAGUGUCUCCUCUCUCUGUAAGUUUCCAAGGAGAAAUUGCUCUGACAGUGACUGACUUAGAGAGCAUUUGUGCUUGUGUGUUUGUUGUGGGAAGCACAUACCAUGGCCUGGGCUGGGGUGUGGUUGUGUAUGUGUGUUGGUGUGAGUGUAUCUGUCCAUCUGACCCUUGGGGUGCCCCCCCAGCACCGCGGCUGGCUGCGUCUAUGGGAGGAGGGCGAGGGCUGUGGGGAGUGUGAGAGGGAGCGCUGCCCUCUGGCGCCCUCUAACUGUCCAGCAGGGCAAGUGCAGGACAGCUGUGGCUGCUGUGAGCAGUGUGGCAACGUGGAGGGGCAGCAGUGUGACCCGGAUGGGGCGCAGGAGUUCUAUGGGCGCUGUGGAGAGGGGCUGGUCUGCCAGAGGAGAACCAGGAGAGGACGGAGGGGCCGCGGGAGGGGUGAACCAGAACCUAAGUGUGUGUGUGAGGCACAGGGCUCUGUGUGUGGCUCUGAUGGACGCACCUAUCCCAACCUGUGUCAGCUGAGAGAGGCAGCCAGUCGGAAAGGAACCACUCUGAGGCUUACUGGACAGGGACCAUGCUACUCUGCUCCUCGUAUCUCCAGAGCCCCCAGAGACCUGUCCAACUACACUGGACAUGACAUUGUGUUUGGCUGUGAGGUCUCUGCCUUCCCUCUGCCCAACCUCAGUUGGAGGAAGAAGGGCAGUGACAACUUCCUGCCAGGGGACGAUCCACACAUCUCUGUCCAGACUCCGCCCUCCCUCUCCUCCUCCCAGGCUCGAGGUGGCCCCCAGAGGUACACAGUCUCUACCUGGCUGCAGAUACAGAAUCUUCACCUCUCAGACGCAGGGAUCUACUCCUGCAUCUCCCACAAUGCACUGGGGGAGACGUCUGCGUCCGCCCGUCUCACGGUGCUCAGACAGGAGCUGAGGGUUCUGAAAGGCCGUCUGAAUGAAGAGGAUGAAGAGGAGUAUUACUAUGACGACACUGAGGAAGGGAGCGAUGAUGGGCAGACAGAAUCUGGAGACUACCUGGGAUGAACUGUGGGUCUAUAUAACAACAACAGUGUUUAACUUACAGAAAAUGAACAAACUGACCAAAGGAGAGGUAUUUGGAGAAGCAAGAGCAUGUCGUCUGAGCAUGACGUUUGUUAACAAAAUAUCCUCAUAUGUAGAAUACCACAUAUCAAUAGACUAGUUUUUCUAUUAGCGUAUCAUACUAUGGCACGCAUUAUCAUAGCACGAACACAAUAAAACACUGUUGUUAACUUUUUGUAUGCAACUUUUUGUAUGCAACUUGUUUUCCAUUUGCAUUCUGCAUGUUGUUCUGAAUCACAGCAGCAGAGGGUGCUAUGCCCAUGCAUUAAAUUCUUACUGGGG